AUGUACAGUUGGAUAAGAUUGAAUGAACUAAAUCAACAUAAGGAAAUCCAAACCUUUAUGACUUUACUGUCCUACAGAGUUCUGGCACAAGGUUGCAGGAAGCGAUUUUCCUUUCUCAUACAAAUUGGAUCAAAACGCGCUGACCGCGCUUUUUCCUCUCCUGUACAAGAGCGCAUCGCUACUGGUCACAUGGGCAUUUCUCCGUUUUUGUGUCGUGGUUCCCGACCUUACACCCAUGGAAACGUGUAUUUGGCCCUGCAAAGAUUGUUUUCUUUCCCCAUAUUGAUGCCUAGACUAGAAGUUUCAGACCGUGCACAAGAAAAUUACCUGAAAAUAAAUUCGGGGCCACUAAUUGAUAGUGGAUCGGGUCGGGAAUUAAAAAGAAUAAAUAAAAGCCAAAAAAAAAUGGUGAAAAAAGGGUUUCAGCAAUGA